CUUCCCAGAGUCACUUCAGGAAACCUGAUCAGCCCACUUCAGCCUGAAACUGAGUUUCAGAAUGGAUUGAAAUUCCUCACACACAUCAAUCCAUGGCCCUUCCGUAUUUCUAGCAUCAGCUUGAGCUGCAUGUAUCUGGCCUUCUAUCUGGCUUGUAUGCUGACUUGCCGUGUCGCACGGUUCAACUAUUGAAGCUCGAGAGAAUGGCUGCUCUGCACAUGGGUCUUAUCCGCACGCCCGCGUUGCGUCCUCCAAUAAACUGCUUCGGAGCAGAGGUGCAAUGCGAGGCGAAACCAGCAGCAGCGCCGGUACCAUCAUCGACCAGGCGCGGCGUGCGUAGAAUGUCUGUCUGCGCGUCGACGGUUCGCGCAGCAACCCCGACAGGGGGGAGACACGGCAAUGGCUUCAGCUGGGGACGUGUCAGGUGCAAGGCUCAAGGAGACGGAGCAAGGGUAAGCAACGACUCUCCCGCUACAGCUGAUGCAGCAGCAGCCGUGCGGGCAGCAGUGGAGGCAAAGCGCGCGAGGGAGAUCAAGAGGGAGCUCGAGAGCCUCGGAAUCAGCACGCAGGGCGUGUUUGACAAGGACCAGCUGGUCUCCAUGCUUGUUGCUCAUCGCCUCUCAGCUUCUUCAUCCUCUUCUCAACAGCCCAGCAGCAGCAGCAGCAGCAGCAGCAGUGGCAGAACCCCAGAGUCUUCUUCUGCCUCCCCCUCCCCUUCCUCUUCCCGCUCCUCGUCCCCCUCGUCCGACUCCCAGGGCGUCAUCCUCCGCAUGCCCAUGCGUCGACUCGCCACCACGGCCAGAGAGCCCCGUGAAUACGUCAUCCUGCCCCUAGAAGUCGCCGGAAAGGGCCCCUUCGAUUUUCUCCUAGACACCGGCAGCAGCACAACCCUAGUCUCCCCCCACUUCGCCUACAACACUAUCGGGUUGUCUACUAACGAGGGCAGGAUGACCCAGGGCUUGGGGGGGAUGGGACCGGAGGGGAAGCAGGGGCGGGAGCUGCUGCUGCCGGACGUGAGGCUCGGGGAGUUUAGGUUCGGGCCGAUGCAAGCGGUGGUGCUGGACCUGCAGUAUACGGGUCUGCCUGUUUCGGUGGCUGGGAUUGUGGGGCUGUCAUUCCUGUCUGCCUUUGACAUGGACUUUGACUUUCCUGCCAGCUCUCUCACCAUCAUGCUCUCAGGUGCAGCUCUUGCCGCAGCAGGCAUAUGGGCAGCAGGAGGCACCAUCCCCCCUCCCCCUUCCGCUGCCUCCCAGGGCUUGGAUUUUGAGGGGCUAGCGAUGCUGGCACCUGCCACCGUCCCCUUCAAUCUGCCUGCUGUCCAGAUCUCUGUGAACGGGCGGCACUUGGAGACAGCCAUUCUCGACAUGGGGUCUGGUCUCAGCCUCAUUACCAAAGCAGUGGCGUCUCGUGCCGGCAUCACACCCACCAACAUUGGUGUAGCUUCAAUGGUGGAUGUGGGAGGAGGAACAACACAAAUGGGAGGAGCGAUCGCAGAUCUCUUCCUUAUAACGAAACAAGGAGGGCCAGCAGGAGGGGCAUCAGGCGGCCGUAUCCCCUUUACAAGCCUCCCCAUGAUUGUAGGGGACCUGCCGGCUCUGGCAGUGAUGGGCGCGGGGGCAGUGGUGGGGAUGGAUGUGCUCAAGAGGACACGGUGCGUGGUGUGCUUUAAGGACAACAGGGUCCUGCUACAGAAGAGGGCCUGAUGUUAUGUGUUGAGGCGUCUCAAUUUACUAGCUCUGGCAGUGAUGGGAGGAGGAGCAGCGGGCACAGUGGUGGGGAUGGAUGUGCUCAAAAGGACUCGCUGCAUGGUGUGCUUUAAGGACAAUAGGGUCCUACCUACUACCGGUACAGAAGAGGGCCUAAUGUUGCUUUCCCUUUGCAGGAGGCUGUGGGUUUGCUGCCAGAAAUAGGAAGUGCGGUGCGACUGCUGCAGAGCCAAAGAUAGAAGAGAUGGAUUGGGAUGCUUGGGUUGUUUGCUGCUAACCUUAAUGAUAUCAUGUAAUGUAAGGUAGUUGGUUGUACAGUG